AUGAAAGUUACCAUUAGAUCAUCUACAGAAAUCUCAUAUUCUGUGACCAUUCCAGAUAACUCUACGGUGGAAGACUUACGCAAUAGUGCUAAAGUUGCAUGUCCGCCUAGUGGUAAAAUCCCAGAGGAUUUCAAAUUAAUAUUCAACGGAGAGAAGCUUACGCCGAAUUACAAGACGUUGGAGACGUUUGGGAUUGUGGCAGGGGCGGAGGAUAUUGUGGUUAUUCUUAUGAGUGAUGGAUCAGAUACACCCAAGUCGACGAGUCCUAUAGCGUCGCCAGCACUCCAGCCGGUGGCGGCGGCCACCGGUGGAGGUAGUGGUGCGCCAGCGAAGAAGAAGACGAAGAAAAAUAGGUGUUCGUUCAAGAACUGCAGUGCGGCGCCGUUACGGAUGGUGGGAAACUGCAGUCAUUGCCAGGGCAAAUUCUGCGCCAAACAUCGGUUACUCGAGGACCAUCUCUGCCAGGGCUUGCAGUUCUGCAAAGAUAAUGCCCACGAGAAGAAUGCCAUGAAGUUGCAGAACGAAAAAACCAUCACUAGUAAGGUUUAG